AUGUUCUCUUUGUUUGUCAACCAACAGGACUUUGCGAACCGGCAGUUUUUGUCUGAGGCCUGCGCCAUCGCCGGACAUGCCAACUCACCGGAGGAGAGGUCUUUCGCUGAGACCGGCCAUCAGCUGAGCCUUGCGUGUCCGCGUGGCGAAGGAGAAGAGACGACGAGCGAGACGGGACUCGAGGCAGACGGCGUCGCGACGAUGCCUGCCGUCGGCCAAUUGGACACGGAGCUGUUGCUGCGACACGAGAUCUGCAAACUGAUGCUUGUGCAACCCGUCGUCCUGACCGACCGGCCGAGUGUAGGCGACUCGGCCUCGAGCCCGGCAGCAGUUGAGCGGGUCUGGCUUGAAGGUAGGCCUCCCCCUCUCUUGCCCACUCAGCCGACCAGCCUUUCAAAGGUCUGA